GUCUGUCUGUCCUGGCUGUGCUCUGCACACAAACAAGGUGCUGGCUCCUGUGUGUGGAUGUCUUUAACCUGCUUUGGCUCUGGGAGGGAGAGGAGUGCUCUGGCCCAGGAGGAGCAGACCUGGCUUCCCACAUGAUGCUCAGUGCUGCUGCCAGCAGUUUAAAUUCUACACUCCUUGGGAAGAUUCCUUUAAUUUUACAGGAUGCAGCCGCAGGAUUUUCCUCCCAGCUCUUUCCCUGAGGGCAGCAGCUGUGCUGAGCAGGGCUGGAUGGUGCCAGUGGUGGGGCAGUGUGGGUGCCAUGGUGGCCGUGCCCUUUGCAUGUGCCUGAUCUGCCGGGUGCCUCGGGGAGGGUGAUCCUGGGCAUUUCUAAGUGCACCUGCAGGCACCCACUGAACAAGGCUCUUGGGCAACCCUUAAAAUGUGAAUUCCCUUCUUGUGAGCAAAAGCAGAGCUCAAGCUUGCUGGAGAGCUGCCACCACAGGGGAUUCUGUCCUUUUAAAUCCUUCACCUCCAGCCUGCUGCAGCAGAACAGCCCUGGCUCUGGAUGGGCAGCAGCUCCUCCUGAUGAGAUGCUAAUGCAGAUCCGCUCACGCAGCUCGCACGGGCUGUGACAGAGCUCACCUCAUAUCCAUUUGUCACUCAGGUUUUUGCUUAGGUGAGGAGGAACCCACUGUUCCCAGUGGGAGUUCAGCCUGAUUCAGGCUCUGCAUUCCAGGAUCAGAUGGCUUUGCAGAGGAGUUGAAGCUCUGUGUGGGUUUGCUCCCUGCUCUGACAGCCCUCCCCGCACCAGUUCAGGCUGUGAUGGAUCAAUAGCAGCAGGAAAAGGUCUGACAUGGAGGAGAGAGGCAGAGCCAGGGCUCCUGCAGAGCUGUGCAGGGAGUGCUCAGCAAAGUGGAUGCCCUGGAGCAGCCCUGUCCUGGAGCCGGGGGUUUCUGUGCUCUGUCACACUCACUUUGGGAUCCCUCCUGUGCAGCCUCUUCCUCUCUGUGCUGUGGGACUCGAGAAGAGCCUUGCAGGAGGCACCACAGCUUUGGGAAUGCCCUCAUCAUUCCAGCUCUGCCCGCUGGUUCCCCCUCUGCCAGCUGCUGGCCUCUCCAAGGCAGGAUUCCCAGAAUGUGGAGCAGAAGGGGAAGGAUGGAGCUCAGAAAUAGGAGUUUGUUUCAGCCAGAAGUUGUGAUCAGGAUCUUGCCAGGGGGCACAGGGACUGUGAUUCUUCUGAUCCUUUAAUGCCUAAAUAUCAGGUGUAUUUGGGGCAUCUUAGUUUUCAGCCUGGGAUGUUUUAGGUGUGUGUUCCUCUCUUUUCAAAAGAAAGCCCUCCAUUCCCUCCCUCCAAAUACUUCCCUCCCUUCAUUUUGUCAUGACUCGAAAGGGUUUUGUUAACAGAAAACCUGCACUUGGUAUCACUGCAGGUUUCCCUUUUGAAAGCAGAAAUGUAUUUACAGGUGCAUGCAAGGCUGAACAGAGUCAAUAAUUUCAAAAAUUAAAUUCAGGAGCUCAGGAGAAGGAGCUGCUGUGGUUUCAUUCCCUCUGCCAAUACCCCGACAGCUCCCAGGAAUGCUGUGGUAGGCAGCAAGCACUUCCUCACCUCUCUCUUGAGAAAUUAAUUCUGAGCCAGCCACAAAUCACUUGCAUCUGUCGGAGCAAACCUGUGACAUCAUUUUUUCAAACCCCCAAGCCAUGUUGUCCAUCAUCGAGUAAAUAUUGAGGAGUCAGUGAUUUCCAGUGGAGAGUUACGGAGCCGCUGCCUCCCUCCCGGCGGGUGGGAGCUCUGGGAGGGGGGAGAGGAUGAGGAGAAGGGAGGGACAGCGUGGGGCUCGCGGCUCAGACAAAGCCGCCGCCGCAGCCGGCGGAGCGCAGGGACCGGCGCGGGAAAGGAUGGAGGGGAGGAUGGAGAGCUGGCGAGCUCCUGGCACACAGUCCGGGCUUAGCUGCUGCCCCGCAGCAUGGGCUGGCUCAGGGGAGGGAGGCAGAAGCCUUUUGUGAUCUCGGCGUUGCCGCGUGCGCUGGAAGGACCGGCCGGAGCUCCCGAACACCGGCACGGAGCAGGAAUUACCCCAGGGAUCUGCAGGUGACACCGUGAGCUGUGCGUGUGCAGCCACUGCAGCACAGCGGGGAGGGAUGGCUGGAAGGUACCAAACUGCUUCAGCUGACCUGAAGGUUCAAAGGAAGCCAACGGGGGUCUCCUGAUCAUCCUUUUCUUUGCAUCCUUGCUGGAAACAGAUGCGUCAGGGAGCCUGGAAAUCUGCCUGUCUUGCAUAGCAAAUUUCCUGAUGAAAAGGAGAUUUCUGAACUUUUUUUUGGUCGUACUUAAGGUCUUGAGCUUUACUAGAGGAGAGUAACAAGUCACUGGACUCAUCCCAGGGAUGAGGGAAGGGACAGCUCAUCUGCCAGGGCUUCCAUAGGUGUUGUGAGGAAUCUCCUUUAUCAGAGGCUGAGGGGGAGGUGCCAGGGCAUGGCUCGGACUUGAGCUGCUGCAGGAAGACGAGAGAGUGUGCUUGCAUUUGCUUUUUUCCUUUUGCUGUGGGCUCGGAAGCAGGGAACCGAAAUGCCUCCUUCCUGCAGAGCUGCUCCCCGUCUGAGCGAGGGGCUCCAUGCGGCGGCUGCGCUCGGCUGAAGAAGAUGAGGGAAGGGCAAAUCCAGGUGCGUGCCCAACACCUGGCAGGACCAGCAGUGCUGGGUGAGGAGCGUCCUGGCUGUGCUGUCACACGGUGCAGAGGUGGGGCUGGGCUCACUGGGGCCAGCGUGCUGGAAUGCCAAGAGGUCCGGGCAGCGUGCUGGAAUGCCAAGCGAUGGAUCGCUGGUAGAAUGACAGAGCCGGGGCUGCCGGACGUGAGCCUGGCGUCCCCCUAACACAGAAACGGCGAGACGAAGCCCCUGCCAUGGUUUGCCUCUCUCAGGACUGCUGGAGAGGAAGAGCACAAGCCCUUCCUCUCCGCUGCUGCAGUCUGUGCUUCCUUUGUCUUGCGUGUCUUCCCGCGGACAGCCGCUCUGCCUGGGCUCCUGCUGCUUUCCCGAGCAUCCACCGUGUCCGAGCCGCCUCGGCUGCAUGAAGCUCUUUUCUCUCAGGCUGCUCCGUGCUCCCCGCUGAGCCGGGGCUGUGUCCAGAGGUGUUCAGAUGAGAGGACUGGCACAGCUCCGUUCCCUUCCCUCGCACCUGCGACUGCCUGGGAAUGCCUCGGGUGGAAGUUUGCUGCUCUCCUCCCGCCCCCUUCCGCUGAGCCGAGGAGUGGAUCCGCAUCCCCAUGGGGUUGGGCUUCGUGUGCUUGCCUGGCGAGGAACUCGCGAGCCCUGACAGCAGUGCCUGUGAUCUCAGCGCCCCAGCAGCGCCUCUGAGUCUUUGCCCGGGCGAGGAGUUUCUUUUCUGAGCGUGAACUGCAGUACAGAUUUGCACCCGGAGCCCGCCGAGGCAGCGCGAGCUUGUCCAUGCUCUGUGCACACGAGAGGAAUUGUCUGCCCGCUCAUUUGUUGUACUCUGAGCAUAAUUUUUUGAGUUUCUUGAUGGUUCGCGGAUGCUGGAGCAGAGCGUCGGGGAGUGGCUGGAGUCCAUCGGCCUGCAGCAGUACGAGAGCAAGCUGCUCCUGAACGGCUUCGACGAUGUUCGCUUCCUGGGCUGUAAUGUCAUGGAGGACCAGGACCUUCGGGAUAUCGGGAUCGGAGACCCGCAGCACCGCCGGAAGCUGCUCCAGGCUGCUCGCUCCCUCCCCAAGUUGAAACCCCUGGGCUGUGAUGGGAACAGCCAGCCAUCAGUUCCUGCAUGGCUCGACUCCCUGGGGCUGCAGGAUUACAUCCAGUCCUUCCUCUCCAGUGGCUACAGCUCUAUUGACACUGUGAAAAACCUCUGGGAGCUCGAGAUCGUGAACGUGCUGAAAGUCAACCUGCUGGGCCAUCGGAAGAGGAUCAUCGCCUCGCUGGCAGACAGACCCUACGAGGAGCCACCAGCCAAGCCACCACGGUUCUCACAGCUGAGAUGCCAGGAUUUGAUGUCCCAGACGUCGUCACCCCUGAGCCAGAACGACUCCUGCACAGGCAGAUCUGCUGAUCUCCUGCUGCCCUCCGGGGACACUGCCAAGAGGCAGCACGAUCGUGGCACCGAGGUUGCUCCCUACGCCAGAGCUGAGCGCUACAAAGCACAGGAGGACCGUCGGGAGUCCAGGCUCACCCUGCGCCCCCCCAGCCUGGCAGCCCCCUAUGCCCCUGUUCAAAACUGGCAACACCAGCCCGAGAAGCUCAUCUUCGAGUCCUGCGGGUACGAGGCCAACUACUUGGGCUCCAUGUUGAUCAAAGACCUCCGAGGGACAGAGUCUACCCAGGACGCCUGUGCCAAGAUGAGGAAAUCCACGGAGCACAUGAAGAAGAUCCCAACCAUAAUCCUGUCCAUCACCUACAAAGGGGUGAAGUUCAUCGAUGCCUCCAACAAGAAUGUCAUUGCUGAGCACGAGAUCCGGAACAUCUCCUGUGCUGCCCAGGACCCUGAGGAUCUCUGCACGUUUGCCUACAUCACCAAGGACCUGCAGACCAGCCAUCACUACUGCCAUGUCUUCAGCACUGUGGAUGUGAACCUGACCUACGAGAUCAUCCUCACGUUGGGGCAGGCAUUCGAGGUCGCCUACCAGCUCGCCCUGCAAGCCCAGAGAGCAAAGCCUCUGGGUGCUGGAGCAGGAGAAAUGAUUGAAACAAAAUCUUCCAAACCGGUGCCUAAACCACGAGCAGGCAUGAGGAAAUCCGCGCUGGAUCCCCCCGAAGCGGACCAAGACUCCCAGUCUCAUGCCAGCGUCUCCUGGGUCGUGGACCCCAAGCAGGACUCCAAGCGGACCCUCAGCACUAAGUAUGAGACCACUAUCUUCUAAAGCAAACGCCCGCGCCCGCCCCGUCUAACCGUGCCUUUGCCAUCUGAUCUGUCUGCUCUUCUAAACUCCCUCUUCCUCCAGCUGCUCGCCCUGAGCCCGCGUAGGCACCGCGUCCAAGGCAGCAGCACUCAGGAGACUGUAGACUUACACGGCUUUUGUACCUGAUGGCUGCUGAACACUGUGAAUUCCUUACUCGGAAACAAGGGUAACGCUGUAGCUGCCCGCCGGGCGGGAGGAGCAGAGAGGGCAGGCUGGCACUCGAGGUGUGGAUCCAGGAGAGCCGCCCACCGUUUUCACGUCUUCCCCCCUGGCUCUGGCACUGUGAAUCCCUGGGGCAAUGUGAUACUCCCCAGGCCUUUUUUUUCUAUCUCACCUUGUCCUUGGACUGACGGAGACCUCUUGUCUCUACGGUGCACACGCUCCCUCCUCCUAGAUCCUCCUCCUCCCGACUGAGCCACGGCUGUGUACUGUUCAGUGAACUCACCUCUCCUUCCUGCCGGUCGAACCGACACUAACCACUGUGAUGCUCUCUGCAAAUAACACACGGGCACUUCCAUUUCCUCACGGCCACCCUUGCCCGCAGUCUCCUUCCUCAAAGCCCAGUGCAGAACUUGCUCUGGGUGCUGGGGGAGCGUUGGUUUGGGCCGGCUGUGAUCGUUCCCACUGUGAGCUCUGUCCCCUCAGACGUGAGGGGGGGUUUGGUUGCAUGCAUUUCAGUCCUUUGUAGGUUUUUCUUUCCCUCAUAGUCCUUGUGUUUACACUCACCAGACUUCUCCUGAGAGCUGGGUGUAGGUCUCAAGUGGCAGAACGUGGUUAAGCUUCCAAAGGCACAUGUGCUAGCCCCAGGCCGGGGAGGGGAGGUGUCAGCUGGGCACCACCAGCAGCAUCAGCAGGGAGAGCUCAGGGAGCAGCCCUAGGUUAUUUGCCCCUGGUGUUAGGGCCCAGUGUCAGCUUGUCUGAGUUUUGCUGUGGCUUAGGAGCUGCUGCCUCAGCUCUUCCAUUUCCCCUCACCUGCAGUGAAAUCUGAUGUUUCAAAGUCCUUAUUUUAGCUCUUUCUCAGGAAUGAGUUUGACCUCCCAGGUCAUUUGCAACUUGAUGGCAAACUGACCUCAGAUUGAGGGCUCAGCCAGUGGGAGCCUAGUGAGAGGGCUAAAAGUAAAAAUGUUGUCUUAAAGCAAAAAAAAAAACAAAGGAAAGCUCAGUCUAGUACAUACAUUUCAUAUGCCACAGAGUCAGCACUGCCCAGGGCCUGCAGUGCCACCCUGCCAGCCCAGGCCUUGUGGACAGCAGAACAUUGCUGUGCCUGAGGUGCUCCAGGAGGUUGGGUUUGGGUUCCAUCAGCACUUUUCCAAGCUCUGAGUGUGCCCUGAAGCUUUCUCUGUCCCUCUAAGAGAAACUCACCCCCUGGUGCAGGUGGCAGAGCAGUUCUACGUGUUCACCACACAGCUGCCACACGUCCCCCCAGUGUCAGAGGCUCUGAGCUCUUCACCUCCCCCUGCUCUCAGCUGGGAAGGGCAGGUCCCUCCACGCCCCCUAAAUCCGGGUCAGGAGAGCAUGUGCCUUUCUUAGGGUGACCAAACCCAGCAGGGAUCACAGGCAGCCCUUCCCAAACGGCGCCGCUGCCGCUCUGUGUCCGCAGCCCUGACGGUUUUUGUGUCCCAUCUCCGGGCCCUUCGCCUCGCCUUUCCCAGCACGUGGUUCUGUAUGGCUCGGAAAUUCAUUCCAUUAUCUUCCUUUCUGUUUGCCUCUGCGAAGCUGAGCUCCGGGCUGCCGUCUCCUACCACGGGAUGUAGUGGCGGGGCAGAGACCUGGGACGCAGUGGCCUCCUGACACGAAGAUCAUCUCCCUCUGGCACGGGUGGCUGCCUCAGAGCGGCUGCGUGGCUGCUCGGUGGGAGCAGAGGGGGGAAGGGACCCAGCCUCCGCCGAGGAAAGCUGCUCAUCUCCAUUCCUAGCAAAGGAAAACUCGAGACACGGAGGCCAAGAGCGAUGUCGCCUUUCCUAGUUUGAGACAAAACGUCUUUGGACCCGUUUCUUUUUGAACGAAGUGACACAGAGCAAAUCCGGUUCACGGUUUCAAUGUAGCGCUGCAGCUUUUUGGUGAGGAAAAAAAGAAAAACAACAGAUUUUUAUUUACUGAGAAUCCCGCGGUCCGGCGAGGAGCACGAUAGAAAGUCUUAGCAGGGGCGUGGUGUGCACAUUUCUGAUGGUACUUACUCUGCUCCAGCUCUGGGUGAACAGGAGAGAACGCCAAAUUCUUGGAGAUCGCUUCCUCCUGUGUGAGAACCUGGGAGGGUAAGUCUGCGUCCUGUUCUCCAAGCCACUCCACGCUCUUGUAGCAAAUGGAAGUAACUUGAGGAAAAGAAUCUGCAAAGGAUCUUUCACCCCAGAGCAGCUGUGGCCAAUAUCCCCGAUGGUACAAAGCUUCCUUACCCCCGAACUGUCGUGUUGCAAUACUUGACAUUUCUAUGGCAAGGACCCCGUUUCUUCCCGUUUCCGCACUGAAUUCCUGGGGACGACUCCCUGCUCCAGCCUCUGUGCACCUGUCUUGUUUUUAAAUGCAGUUCUGCCCUGAAGGGUUGGGGUUUUUUUAAGUACAUUCAAUUGUGAUUUAGCACUUUUUUGAUACUAGCUCAUUAUUUAAUUAGUGCGACCGUUUCAGAAGGUGAACAAAUAAGGAGUUAAAUUUUGGGCAUUACACUGAAACAGUCCAUCCCCAAGGACAAACCACAUCAGCCUGAGGGUGGCUUGGCCCCGUCCGAGCCCAGUGUCCCCAAAGACACCACCUCAAAGGUGCUGUGUGCUCGCUUUUAUUCUGAAUUACAGAUGUUUCACAGUGGUUUGGGCUGUGACUGACGUGAUUUCAGACUGUUCCCCCCCGGGGAGAAUGUUAAAAUGGUUGUGAUUUGAUUUCUUCAGAUGCAAAAUGCAGCGCAGUGCGUCUGUCGGGAUCUCGUCGGGCCCUGUCAGGGCUGUGGGACCUUUGGUUGAAGCUGUGCCCGAGUAAUUCCUGUUUAACUCCAGUUGCUGCUGUAUGUCAGGAUUUCCUUUAGUCUCUCUCACCGGUGAGGCUGGGAGGGAAGUGAACCAUAAUCCCAAGGGCACAGACCUGUAAAGGAUUGGGAAGGGGGAGUGGAGAUUUUGGGUUAAGUCAAUGAAUUUAGGAAACCUAACAUUCCUUGUUAUGCACAUGUUGCAAUUCAUACUGGUGUAAGUGUAAAUAUUUGGUGUGUUGGCAACAAGUCUUUGGUGAGAUUGCAAAUUGAACCUCUGCUUGGGAGGAGGGACACCUUUCCUUUCUGGCACGUGAGCUUUUUUGGAGCUUGGCUUGGAGGUAACGUGGUGAUGAAGACUCCAAUCUUCAGGCACUGGGCUCGGUGACCCUGGUGGUCCAUUCCAGCCCCACGUGUAAACCUGUGGUUGUCUUUAGUGAUCCAUUCUUUAGCCAGAUACUCCCUUUCUCACCCUUCUCACAGACAGAGCAGUUGUUUGGGCAGUUCAGUGUGGUGGGGUCUCUCGAGGGACUCGGUGCUGGAGACUGACCCUGGGCUGUGCCAGUCAUUGGCCACCCUCUCCCACCCACUGUGCAGUAUUCGGGCUCUUCCUCCCCACAGGGUUUUGUGCUAUCUGGAGGAAACUGCCCCAAAUUUCUGGUGCUGAACAUGACAUUGCAUCCAACUGCAUCUGCUGUAUUACCUGCCCGGGAGGAGUUGGGGCUCCUCUGUUCCUCUCUUUAAAGACAGAUUGUGUUUUCACAGACUUUGGGCUGAGCCCUCACUCACGGCUGGCAAACAGAGUUGCCAAAUUUUGUCUUUCUUUUUAUAGGAGGGGAUGAUUUUUUUUUUCAAAUUGAAGAUGCUUUAUCCUUUUUUUAUUUGUGUUUACAAAGAAAAAAAAAAAACAGCGCUAACCUUAGCUGUUCAACUGACUUUAAACUUGCUUUGGGAUUGUUCUUUUUAGAAGAAAUUAUGCAACUUUUUUGGGGUACACGCCUGUCCCCCCUCCCAGGGAGAAGAUGCAGCACCUUCCAGGCUGUACCUGUAGUGAAGUCUGUACCUCCAGGAGGCUGCUGAGACACAGAGCAGAUGCCAAAAAGCCCCGAACACGUCCUGUUCUGUGUGCAGCUGAGGUGGAGCCAAUGCUUUAAUGCUCCUUCCACCCACCUCAGAAGUUUCCAGCAGCAGCAGCAGCAGCAUUUCCCUGGCUCUGCUCAGAUCCGUGUUUUGGAGCCAGCACAGUGCUCACAACGCUGUCGUGUUGCAAAGGUCUCCCUUUUAGAUCUCACAUUGGUAUUUCCUUCAGUUUGUUUUCCCAAAAGAAAAGUACCUGUGCUGUUCUCGCCAAGUCGAGCCGGCUCAGACAUUUUUCUUACCCACAGAAGAAUAACCUGGGAUUCCCUGACAGGGCAGAGACAGUCGAGUUCAGUUUGCAAUGUGGACAUUUUUGCUAAUUGUGAUGUAUGGCAGUGGGGCUGAUUUGUAAUACAAAUGUUAUUUAAUCUGUCUGUAUUUUGAUACUUGAAUUUCCUUUUAUUUCCUGUAUAUACAAUUGUUAAUCUGUUCAAAUUUGUCUGAAUUUUAAACAUCUUGUGGUACCAAACAUAACCAAUCUGUGCAACAACAUAGACUGACCUCACUACAACAAGGCGAGAUUGUAAAUAUUCCUGGGCUUCCAGCAGUCGUUUUGUUGUUUUCAUAAUUGUACAACUUAGAACAGACCCAAUUAAUAAACAACCUUAGACACAC